AUGUACGCCACCAGAAAUUCCUUGGCAGUCUUAGCUCCAGCUCAGGCAAAACUCGUAACAGGCACACUUGAGUCAGGCACCCUAAAACUACUCGGAUCAACCAAUUGCGCCGGGUGGACCGAUUCCUGGGUACCAUCAUCGCUUAUUGGCUGGCUCAACUCCGGGCUCUUGGUGUCGUUCGACCACAUGUGCGAGAAUGAUUUGCACGGAUGUGGCUCCGUUGCGAUGCUUUUUGCGCAAUUCAUUUCGUUGCCACUUUUGAAUCUUUUGCAUUUUACACUCGUUGAGGAAUUCAGGUCUGCAGAGAAUGGCGUGAGAAGGAAAGCGAUAUGGAGCCCGGAUGGCAAGACGAAAUGCCGCGUAGGCAGAAAUGAUGAGGAAAUGGCGCGGUAG